ACGUGGUUCUCCAGCCAAUUGGCAGUUCUGUUACUGAGGUCCUCACUCCUUGAUUAGACCAAUGGAUUUAUGAUCGGCUUCCUACUAUGGCUGGUGGGAAGUCUUGGUUAUGGCGCCGCCGUUGAAGUACUGUGUCCCAGGCGAGCGACUGUGUAACGUGGAGGAAGCCAGCCCCGGCAGCGGCACCUACACCCGGCACGGCUACAUCUUCUCCUCGCUCUCUGGCUGUCUGGUGAAGACGAGCGACAACGGCGAGCUUCCAGUGGUGUCAGUGACGAGAGAGACCGAGUCCCAGCUGCUUCCAGAUGUGGGAACGAUCGUAACCUGUAAGGUCUCCAGCAUUAAUUCUCGAUUUGCCAAAGUUCAUAUCUUAUAUGUGGGAUCCACUCCACUCAAGAACUCCUUUAGAGGAACUAUCAGGAAGGAAGAUGUUCGUGCUACUGAAAAAGACAAGGUUGAAAUAUAUAAGAGUUUCCGCCCAGGUGACAUUGUGCUGGCUAAGGUGAUUUCCCUCGGUGAUGCACAAUCCAACUACCUACUGACAACUGCAGAAAAUGAGCUGGGAGUAGUGGUGGCCCACAGUGAAUCAGCAGGUGUCCAGAUGGUGCCAAUCAGCUGGUGUGAGAUGCAGUGCCCUAGGACUCACACUAAAGAAUUCCGCAAGGUUGCCCGAGUACAGCCAGAGUUCCUGCAGACGUAGUAGCUUCACCCUUCUCCAUGUUGGGGGUAUCUUGUUUUCUACCAUCCACAUGUGAUUAAAACAAGACGACCUUGGGCUUACCAGAAACCACAUUGGGGAAUAAAUGCCUGAAACUUCCACUGCAUAGGGAGGAUUCUUAUGAGCCUUUCACUGCAAGUCUACAAAUGAACUGAAUGAACUUUCUUUCCCCUUUGAGAUGCCAGCAAAAAAAAAAAUACCCGAUAUUGGAAACAGCCAAAGUGGUGGUUUCCUGAACCACCUUGUAAAUGUGGUCUGUUUUCCUUCAGACAAAUAAAGCAUUUUUAAUAAAAA